AUGGCCUUGACAGGCCAGCAGCCGCUCAUUGUGGGCGUGUCAGUCGCCUUGGUUAUCUUGGCGACCGCGUCUGAUGCCUUACGGUUCUUUUCGCGGUGGAUGAUGCGCUCUGGUUUGUGGUGGGAUGAUUGGUGCAGUUUAUUCGCUUUGUUUCUCUCUUAUGCGUUUAAUAUCAGUCAAUUCGUCAUUUGCAUGCCAGCGAUUAAAGUGACUAUGGUGCUAUUCUACUGGAGACUCUUCAGUAAAGAUCGAAGAAUUCGAAUCGCAUUGUACACAAUUGGCUCGAUGCUUUUUGCUUGGUUCGUUGGAGCUUUGGCUAGCGGUCUGGUGGUUUGCGAGCCUCUGCCAAAAUUUUGGGAUCACUCGAUCCCAGGGAAAUGUCUUCAUACGAUGACCUAUUUCCGCGCCAUUGCUGGUACCAAUCUUGCCACCGAUGUUUUCCUGCUGGUACUCCCCAUUCCCAUUGUUUGGGGUCUGCAACGUCCAGCGAGUGAAAGACUUGCUCUGAUCGCUGUGUUUACUCUUGGGGCCUUUGUCACUGUGGUUAGUGUUAUUCGGAUAGCACUUUUGACAUCUCCACAGGAAUCGGAUCCACUUUGGGCCAAUACCCAAGGAACUAUCUGGACUUCUGUCGAAACAAGCGUCGGUGUCGUCUGCGUCAAUCUCCCCACCAUGUCUCCUCUUUUCCGUCGAUAUAUUUUGGGCCGCGAGGUCAGCUCCGCGAACUCCAAGCCGAGGAGCCUUCCCCUUUCAUAUCCUCCCAGUAGCAAGAAGCCCACUGCCAACCGCCGGCGCCAUGGCUCAACAUCAAGUACCGAAGGACUGGAGACGAAGUGGUCGAUUUCCGAUAAUUAUGAUCCCGAUAUUGUCGUCACAACAGAUUUGACAGUUACUGAAAAUUUAGAGGAAUGCGUUGAGAUGGACGAGUUGAAGAGGCAAUCAUCCAAGGUCGUUUGUCACGGUUGUGCAGAUGAAAGAGAUCCUAAAUCAGAACAUUGA